AUGACAGAAUCCUUUUACCACAGCGCUGCAGACUUCCUCUCAUCGACUACUAUGAGCGAACAGGUUAUGAGCCCAAACGGGUCGUCUGACGACAACUACACGGCACAGGCGCCGCCGAUUAACAGUCACGCAAGGGCUGCGUCGGAGCCUGCCGUGGUCGUACCAUCGCACGCUCACGCAAGGAGCGCGGACAACGAUGCGCUGGAGAAGGUUCUCAAGUUGCUGAGCGGCAUGGACGAGCGCGUUAAGAAGAUGGAGCUGUCCCAGGCAAGGAUUGACCAAGACGAGCGCAUGCGUGGAGCGGUGGACAGCGGAAUGUUUACCUCAAUGCUUGCCGCGGACUUCGCGGGCAAGCUUCACCGUGACGCGCUUGACUGCACGGACUUGACAAGCCACCAAGCGCGCUUGUGUGUCGAUCGUCAGCGUGCGCAGCGCGCACAUCAGCCACCUGUCCAGAUACCAGCGUAUCAGCCUUCGCCUAUGCCAAAUCGACAGGAGUCACCAGCUGCGCCGAUGCAAUCCCCUUUGCCAACUCAGUUUCGGACGCCCGACGCGAGGCAGCGCAAGCUCGCGAUACGGAAGUUUGACGGGACCGAAGUGUACGUCGGACUCGGGUCCGGUUUCUUCGACUGGGGCAAGACUUUCUGGAGGCAAGUAGACAUGGCUCAGGAGUCGUGCGUAUUUCUGUGGACCGAGAACGUCAAGACUGAUGUUCUUGGCCAGUACCUGACUGGCACAGCAGAGCGCUACUUCAGCAAGCAGGUCGACACGUGGUGGGCCGUGCUACCGACUCUCCAGUACGUGAUGCAGCGCAUGCUUGAUACAUUCAAGACGACAAUCACCGCAGCCCAAGCAAUGAAGCUGUUUACGACAAGGAAGGAAGGCAAGCGCUCGUGGCCGGAGCACUACCUGUACCUAGUCGCAGUCAGCGAUGCGGCUGGUGGCGCUGAGCAGCAGGUGCUUGAUAAUAUCGUGCGGUAUGCAUCGCCCGAGCUGUCGACGAUUCUGAUGGCCAUGUACGAGACGCAUCGUGUCGACGACCUAGUGCACGCCGAAGAGCUCGCACAUUUCGCGCAGGCAAUCGAGAUGGAAGCUCGACCGGGACGCUUCUUUGGAAAGGAGGUUGUCGCCCACGUGGAUUAG